GAUGGUUCGAGGGAGGACAUGGAGGCAGCCACCUAGCUCAGCGGAGCCGCGGAGCCCACAGCAGCGCCCUCCGGAGCUCCGAGGCCGCCGCGGCUACGGUGUGCACCGGGAUUCCGCAGCCGAGCUUCGCCGCCCGGGGAUCUCACGGCCAGGAGCUCUGCGGACUGUUCGGCUCCCGGCGCUGCAGGGUUGAGCUGCGAAGCUCAGAGACGUGCGGAGCCCAGCCCAGCCCAGCCACUGCGCCCCGGCUGCGCACUGGGAGGGACCCGAGAGCCCAAGUGCCAUCCCGGAUGCGGACGCACAACUUGGAGCAACUUUAAGAUCCAAGCAGCCGCCGGCCCGCGCGGACCCAGAGCAAGAAGGGGGCAAACAAGAAGAUGCCUCGGCCCGGCCGCAACACGUACAGCGACCAAAAGCCGCCCUACUCGUACAUCUCGCUGACCGCGAUGGCCAUCCAGAGCUCGCCGGAGAAGAUGCUGCCUUUGAGCGAGAUCUACAAGUUCAUCAUGGACCGCUUCCCUUACUACCGGGAGAACACGCAGCGCUGGCAGAACAGCCUGCGCCACAACCUCUCCUUCAACGACUGUUUCAUCAAGAUCCCGCGGCGGCCAGACCAACCGGGCAAGGGCAGCUUCUGGGCGCUGCACCCCAGCUGCGGGGACAUGUUCGAGAACGGCAGCUUUCUGCGGCGCCGCAAGCGCUUCAAGGUACUCAAGUCCGACCACCUGGCGCCCAGCAAGCCCGCCGACGCCGCGCAGUAUCUGCAGCAGCAGGCCAAGCUGCGCCUCAGCGCGCUUGCGGCCUCCGGCACGCACCUGCCACAGAUGCCCGCCGCCGCCUACAACCUGGGCGGCGUGGCGCAGCCCUCGGGCUUCAAGCACCCCUUCGCCAUCGAGAAUAUCAUCGCUCGCGAGUACAAGAUGCCUGGGGGGCUGGCCUUCUCCGCCAUGCAGCCGGUGCCCGCCGCCUACCCGCUCCCCAACCAGUUGACUACCAUGAGCAGCUCGUUGGGCACUGGCUGGCCACACGUGUACGGUUCCGCAGGCAUGAUCGAUUCAGCCACCCCUAUCUCCAUGGCUAGUGGCGAUUACAGCGCCUACGGCGUGCCACUGAAGCCUCUGUGCCACGCAGCAGGCCAGACGCUGCCCGCAAUCCCGGUGCCCAUCAAGCCCACACCGGCCGCAGUGCCCGCACUGCCCGCGUUGCCUGCGCCCAUCCCCACCUUGCUCUCGAACUCGCCGCCCUCGCUCAGCCCCACGUCCUCGCAAACAGCCACCAGCCAAAGCAGCCCUGCCACUCCCAGUGAAACGCUCACUAGCCCGGCCUCCGCCUUGCACUCGGUGGCGGUGCACUGACCCACAGCAGCCGGAGCCCCCUCUUGUCCUCCUCCCCGCCAGCUUACUCGCCUUCCCCGCCACCCAGCCCUGCCCUCGCCCACCUAGGACCGCCACCCUAACUUGUCCAUUUCACCCUCGGCCAACCCUCUCUCCCCUCCGGAGAACUUUGUUUUGGACCCAGGAGACAAAACACAAACUUGCAGAUGGCCUGGAGGAACGUGGGAGCUGUCCUCGCCUCCACAAGAGGGGAAGGCAGGGGGGCACCUGAGCCAAGUCCUCCGAUUCCUGGCCCCCCUCCCCGAAACCCCCCUUCCGUUUAAAAGGCAGGGGAAAUCCUGCCUCCCGCCUUCCCAGAGAGGAGCGCGUCUUCCCUCGGCCGGGACCCGCGGGGCUCAGGACUCCGCGCAGUUAGUUCCAAGACAAGAGAAACCGCCUCAGAGGUUUCCUCGAACAGAUCUCCCCUGAGGGCUGCAGCCGCACAGCGGAGGGCCGGAUCUCGUUUACGUCUUGGAAAUCUGCCGGGAAAAGGGACCACUAAUCUUCCUACCCACUCGCCUCCGCCCAUCCGGCAGAGGCUGGGCGGACCGCAGCUUCCCGGAGUAGCCGCCCUUGCCUCCCCAGCUUCUGCGGAGUUUUGUUUUGUUUUGGGUUUUGUUUCCUGCCAGAGGCUCCACGCACUGGGAGUUAGGGAAAAGGCUGCCAAACUGAGAUGGGGACGCAUGUCCUCAACACGAGCAAAACAAAACUAAAAGUAACCUUGUAGUAUUGUUUACAAAGGCGCCCGGUAAAAUGUAAACAGUGAACUUGAAUCUGUAUUGCUUGGCGGGCGAGCGGGUAAAGCCCACUUUACAAGUACCUGUUGUAAUGUGAAUGUUUACUCUUCAUUUCUGGCCAGGUUUAGGGGAGGGAAGGGGGGAUGGGAAAGUUAAUUGGGAUGUUAACUUUCCGAUUAGAGACCUUUUAGCUAUUUAUUUUAUUGUUGGAAGGAAGAAAAAAAAAAAAAGAAAAUGAAAUAAGCCCAAACUAAGAAACCAUCAAGGGCAACCCUAGAAGAACUUAGAUAGCUGACUGGUAACAUGAAGGAGAUGUCACCGGAUAGGUCUCCCAUGGACAAGUCUUUCUGUUUGCUAGGAGAACUUUCCCAAGAAGCUAAAGGGCUGCAAAGAGAUGUAAAUGCUUGUGAAUAGGAAUGAUUAUACACUGUGUAAAAUGCACUUUUGUUUGCUAUAUUCCUUUAGAGUCUUAGGUAAUUUGCUGGAAAACGAACUGUUGUUCUGGUGUGACCUGCUUAAGUUAAAAAAAAAAAGUUGUAGUGUCAUCAGGGCUGUAAAAUUUUUACCUUUCAUUUUUCUCUUUCCCUGUUCAGAAUUAGCAUGGCAUUUUAAAUAUUGAUGUUCUUGUUCCCAGCAUGCCUGUUUUAAGACAAAGAAUUUAAAAAAGGUGUCUACAUUAAAUUAUGAAUCUAGUCAAAAUAAUAUUUUCUCAUUAAAAUAUGU